GUAAUUGAAACCAACCCUAAGCUCUUUUUAUCUCCGCCCUAAAGGUAGCCCCAAUUAUUGCUGACUUAAGCAUCGGAGUGUCUACCCCGAGUUCCACCUCGGGGCUUUGCAGGUCAUCCCGGAGUACAGGCGCGGGCUGAAGAAGGACUUCUGGUUUGGUGCAAUUACAUUGGCGUCAUCUGUGGGAAUCGAACUGAAAGCUUUUUAGUUGCUCUUUCAUCAUGGUUCACACUCGAUCAGUCCGAGCUGGUAAUUCAUCUCUGCCUCAUGGGCAAGGUCAACCCCCCAACAACCUUCUACCUCUGAUUCCCCCCCAACUUACACCUCAGCUUCCACAUCAGGUCCCCACUAUGUUCCCUCCUGUUGAUCAUGCCGAAGGAGGAGAUGAAAACCAACCCCAUGCCUCAGCUCACAAUUCCACUUCAACUGCCAACCAAGACGUAGUGGCAGCUCAGCUUGCUGCCAUGCAACAACAGUUCGGUGUUUUUCAGUUGGGUCAAUCCCACAUCGCACCUGCUCAACGACCCAUCCCUGAUGAUGUCACUCGACGCCUCGAUAGCUUGGAAAAGCUAGUAGCUGAACACCAAGGUGCUCCACCCCCACACUAUACUGCUGACUCCAUACCUCACCCUCUGAAUACCAACAUUACACUGGAACCCUAUCCUGCUGGCUUCAAAAUACCACAACUGGAGACUUAUGAUGGGACAAAGGACCCUGAUGAUCAUUUGCAUGAUUUCUACUCUUGCAUGCAAGCUCAGAACGCCUCUGACGCGUUAAUGUGCAAAAUCUUCCCCUCUACUCUCCGAGAAAUGGCAUCUGCCUUUGCCACUAAGUUUUCCAGUAGAAGGUUGAUUAGGAAAACUACUUCUGAGCUGAUGCGAGUUAAACAGAGGGAUGGAGAAUCUCUGAAGAACUAUAUGAGCAGGUUUAAUGAUGCAGUUUUAGAAGUUAGUUCCUUUGAUCAAGCUGUGGGAAUUGUAGCUGUAAUCUCCGGUCUCAAGCAUGACAGGUUUAGAGACAGUUUGAUCAAACAUGCUGCCACCACCUUUAGAGAGGUGAACGAUAGGUCUCUAAAAUUUAUAACUGCUGAGGAGUACGCCCUGGCGCAAAACCCACCUCCCACUAAGAACCAGCACCUAGAUUGGAGAGAUGACAAUCCGAGCAAGAAAAGGAUGAGGAUGGCGCAGAACCGAAGUCCGAUGUUGACCUCCCCAACGAGAUUAGGAAGGACGAACUCAACACCCCCACAACAAUCUGCAGGUAAACCUCCAGUUAAUUGGACUCCUUUUAAUCUGCCAAGGUCACAAAUUUUUAUGCAGAUCAAGAAUAAGAUGGAUUUACGGCGUCCUAACCCAAUGAAAAUUGCUGCUGCUAGUCGAGACCACACCAAAUAUUGUGAUUUUCAUCAAGAUCACGGCCAUACUACAGAGCAAUGCAAUAGCUUAAAGUCCGAACUGGAGAGUUUAGCUCAGAAGGGAAUGCUAAAUGAGUAUGUUCAGAGAGCUGAACAGCCGAGGUUUAUCAGAGAACAGAUGCCGCAGCCCCCAGGAGUCCGCAAUCCCCCAAAUAGGCAAGGUGUGGGAUAUCAGCAAGCCCCACCUCCGCUCCCACCCCCAGCCAGAAUCAUACACAUGAUUACGGGAGGCCUUGAAGCAGGUGGACUAAGCUCUAAGUAGCGAAAGCUGUAUGUCAGAGAGAUUAAACAUCAAAACCGAGCUCAGAAGCGGAAGAUUGACGAUGCUGAGUGGAAAAAUCAACCCAUUACUUUCAUGUCUGCUGAUCUCGAUACAGUUGUUACACCCCACAAUGAUCCUUUGGUCACUUCUGUCAUGAUUAAUAACUGUGAAGUACAACA